GCAUUUCAGGUGCCACGACACACGCUUCCUGGCCCUCGGCCCUGCUGCUUUGAAGGGGGCUUCUGGACUCCCAGGCCACGGGAAGGCUGAGGCGGGUUAGCAGGCUUGGCAGGGACAACGCUUACGUACUAUAGAGCAGACAUGGGCAAACCUGGGCCCACGCUCGAGGUGUUUUGGACUUCAUCUCCCACCAUUCCUAACAGCCUCAGGCUCUUUUCUUUUCCCCCUCAACCGCUUUUCCUUUCCCCCUCAGAAUACUUCUGGAACAUGGCCAUACAGCCCGGAAAACACACCAACCCUGUGGUCCUGGCUAUGAAAGCCUUCGACAGCAUAAUGGAGAUGAUGACAUUUUUAUUUGUCUCUAGAAUUGGCACAACAUGGACUUCAUCUGCGCUGUAGAAUUAAUGGCAGUCUGAUCCCACUCAAAUUGCCAUGCACCGAUGCUAUGAGUAUUCUGGGAAUUAUAGUUUUACAAGGUGUCCCCUGGCAAAGAGUGCUAGUGCCUCACAAAACGAGAGAAGACUGAAGACCUUCUAAGACUACAGGUCCCAUGGGAUUGAGCCAUAGCGAAUCAAUUAUCUAGAGCAGUGGUUCUCAACCUGUGGGUCCCCAGAUAUUUUGGCCGUCAACUCCCAGAAAUCCUAACAGCAGGUAAACUGGCAGGGAUUUCUGGGAGUCGUAGGCCAAAACACCUGGGAAACCACAGGUUGAGAACCAUUCAACUAGAGGUACCCAUUUGUGAAACUUCUGGUGGAGGAGCGGGUUAAACCGCUGAGCUGCUGAACUUGCUGACCGAAAGGUCUGUGGUUUGAAUCUGGGGAGCGGGGUGAGCUCCCGCUGUUAGCCCCAGCAUCUGCCAACCUAGCAGUUCGAAAACAUGCAAAUGUGAGAUCAAUAGGUACCACUCCAGCAGGAAGCUAACGGCGCUCUGUGCAGUCAUUCUGGCCACAUGAUCUUGGAGAUGUCUACGGACAAUGCUGGCUCUUCAGCUUAGAAAUGGAGAUGAACACUGACCCCCAGAGUCGGACACAACUAGACUUAACGUCAGGGAAAACCUUUACCCUUACCCAUUUGUUAAAAUGCAUGGAUAAAAUGUAAGACCAUAAAAUACAUAAGUCAUAUAUUAAUAUGCACCAAAGAAUAGAACAGCAAUACUGAUACAUGUAAAAUUAAAAUCCAUAGUUUAAAAUUGACUUUAUGUUGGUUGUGAGGUGCUGCUUCCCAGUGGACGGGGCUUGUCGGGAUGGUUGGACAGAAGCUUGCAAUGGAUUUUGGAUAAACAAGAUCUGUUAAAGGAACGCCAAAAGGACUUAAAAUUUUUGACAGAAGAAGAAUAUUGGAAGCUGCAAAUAUUCUUCACAAAUGUCAUCCAGGCUUUAGGUGAACAUCUGAAAUUAAGACAACAAGUUAUUGCCACUGCUACUGUCUAUUUCAAGAGGUUCUAUGCCAGAUACUCCCUAAAGAGUAUAGAUCCUGUUCUGAUGGCUCCCACAUGUGUGUUUUUGGCAUCUAAAGUAGAGGAGUUUGGUGUAGUUUCAAAUACAAGAUUGAUAUCUGCUGCUACAUCUGUAUUGAAAACUAGGUUUUCGUAUGCCUUUCCAAAAGAAUUUCCUUAUAGGAUGAAUCAUAUACUAGAAUGUGAAUUCUAUCUUUUAGAAUUAAUGGACUGCUGUUUGAUAGUGUAUCAUCCCUACAGACCCCUACUCCAGUAUGUGCAGGAUAUGGGUCAAGAAGACAUGCUGCUGCCACUUGCUUGGAGAAUAGUGAAUGACACCUAUAGAACUGAUCUUUGCCUGCUUUACCCUCCUUUCAUGAUAGCUCUAGCUUGUCUACACGUGGCUUGUGUUGUCCAGCAAAAGGAUGCUAGGCAAUGGUUUGCUGAGCUCUCUGUUGAUAUGGAAAAGAUUUUAGAAAUAAUCAGGGUUAUCUUGAAACUAUAUGAACAAUGGAAAAACUUUGAUGAAAGGAAAGAAAUGGCUACAAUCCUAAGUAAGAUGCCUAAACCAAAACCACCUCCAAACAGUGAAGGUGAUCAAGGGCCAAACGGGAGUCAGAAUUCUAGCUACAGCCAGUCUUAAGACAUUCCAAAGAUACCCACUCUGGACCAUUUUGGAUGAAGACACACUGGGAUUCUUUUUUUCCUUGGUGGAAGACAUGGGCAGAAGGUUUCAGUAACGGCUUUUCAGAAAGAACUUGAAGAAUGUUUCUGUCAAGUGUAUUGAAAGCUUUCCUUUAGAAACAGAUUUUGAAUUGUGCCACAAAAAGUUACCAAUCAAAUCAAAAACCUUGAAUAAUGCUAGGAAAAGCAUUCACUAUUCAGUUCAGAGUGAAGAGUUUGAUACUUUUGCGAAUUUAAAAAGUGAAGAUUUUAAGAUACUUUGUUAUUAUGGAGCUGUGUAAUUAACUGGAUGUGUAUUGCCCUAAUACUAGUUUGAACACAGGAGGUAACUUGAAACGUUGGACUUGAAUUUUUUAUUUUCCAGGUAUAUUUUAUUUAAAUGCCAGUGGAUAUAGUACAGGAAGGAGAAUACACAUCUUUAGUAAAUUACUAGAAAACCCACCCUUAAAAGUCAGGCUGCAUUGCAUUCUUCAUCUGAUCUGCAAACUCUUGGUAUCUAUAGGUUGCAAGUGGAACAUAAUAUCUAGCAUAUCCAAAAGAGUGCAUUAUUUAAAACAAAUUGUGACUGUUUUAGGGAACAUUUCACUUUUUACAAAUGCAAAACUAUUAAGUUCUUGUGUAAACUGCAAAUCAAAUUUUGCAAUCCAAUCAAGUUGUGAAGUGUAGAAUCUACUCUAUUUGAGGUUGCGUUGGUGGGAGUGUUGUGUACUAAAAGUUUGUCUGCCUUCAUUGUUGCUCUGAAUGAUUUUUAACAAAGGCCUCUUGAGAAAGUAGCAGCUGUUGAGAUGAGACUAGAUUUGAUUCCAUAAUAAAAUAUUUAUUAUUGAUCACUCUUGAGAAUUUAGGCAGGCAUAGUUGCUCUUUUCUAAUCAGAGGACGACAUCCUAUGCUUCUUACUCAGGCAGAUUUCCCCAUGAAAGUGGGAUUUGCUCUAACUCCCUAGGGUUUUAAUGAACAAAUUCUGCAUUUCAUCAUAAGUGUUUGUUUCCUAUCUUAAAACAUGGUGAAAAAUGAUUACUAGUUUUCAGUGUAAGAACUCUUAUACUGCUAUAAAAACAGAGGAAUGUUGAUAGAAGCAGAAGGCUAGUCACAUGGUGCUUUUUCUAAAACUUGAUUUUAAAAAAGCAGGAAUGCCUGCCUCUAUUUGAUUUGUCAUUCAGUUAAGUGUAACCAAAGUGUUUUUGUAUGCAAAUGCUUGGGCUCUUUGCACUUAAGUGUUGGAAGUUAUUUUUAUAAAAUGUGUUCCAAAACUUAGAAAACUGGCUUACAAAAUGAUGAAUUUCUGACUUCUUCCAACUCCCAUUAUUUGUUCUUCUAUUUUGUAAAUGCCAGUGAUCUUAUAUCAUACCUUUGCUAACAUAAUUGUUUGAAGAUACUGUGUCCAUAGUAUUUUGGAAAUUGUGUUUUCCUGAGGAUUUAAACUUAAUUUGUAAUAUGGAGUAGCUGUGUAGGAAUAAAAAUGCAGAUGGACAA